GCCCACGCGUGGUGCUUUCCGCCCACUUCUUGCCCCAUAUCACCGUUAGAUACUGGUUUUCACCACUGCUAUAUAUUACAACAAUGACUUCAUUGUUAAAAGCCUACAAUGCCGCGUUGAUGAGGCGACCAAUGCUGGCCCAGUGCGCUACUGCCGGUUUCUUGUUUGGUGCUGGGGAUGUCAUUGCACAACAAGCUGUUGAAGGGAAAGGAAAGGAUCAUGACUUUCUGAGGACUGGCCGCCUCGUUUUCUAUGGAGGUGCGCUCUUUGGACCUGCCAUGACGAAGUGGUACCAGUUUUUGAACCGAAUCAAGUUUGCAAGCCCCACGCGCGCUAUCAUCUACAGGGUAUGGCUCGAUCAAGCUAUCCUUACUCCAGGAGCUGUCGCGUUCUUCUUUGGUUCUAUGAGUGUCAUAGAAGGAAAGCCUCAGGAAGCGUGGCCAAGGAUACAAUCCGUUGGUGCUAUUCACCAUACCACCCGUUUUUCAAGUCAAUUUACGCAAAGAAACCAAACAGGCUUACGUGCCUACGCUUAUCCGUAACUGGUGAGCAACUUGCUGCAUGCUAUCAAGAGGCUCACCUGGCGCGCAGGGGUGUAUUCUUACCCACUCAAAUCAUCAACUUUUCAAUUGUACCACAUCACCUGCGUUUCCUAGUGGUCAGCGUCGUCAGUUUAUUCUGGAACACGUAUCUGAGCGUGGCAAACGCUCGGGAAAAGGCUCUCCAAGAGUCCGUUGCACCCAAAGCCGGGGAGAAGAUCGAGGAAAUCAAGAGCGCUUUAUAGCGACAAGUCCUCAUGAUUUGCUUCAUAUUAGAUUUGCGCUCUCUACUGACAAUGCUUGGAACUGGAUCAAUACCACUUCAAGCUCCAUUACCUAGAGUCAGUCUACCAUACAAGCAGAGCAUAUUUCAUCGUUUACACCCAUGACUGUUCUACUCAUCUGAAUAACAAGUCACUUCACGUGAGAAUCGCGG